CAUGGGCCUCCCCUGUGGUCGACCGCGGCCCAUGGCGGUGGCGGUACGCCGCAACGUGCCGAACGAUCACAGCUGUUUGUUCUGGGCUGUGGCGUACCUGACUGAGGGCAGCGAGCUUGGACGCGCCAAGGCAAAGGAAUUGCGCGAGGUUUGUGCGCAAGAUGCGCUACAGGACCCAGAUCCCUUCACUCGGGCCCUGCUCUUGGGCUUCAACAGCGUGGAGGAAUACGCAAUGUGGAUCCGCAACGAAUUCCAUUGGGGUGGUGAAAAUGAGAUUUUGUGUUUGGCAAAGCACUACUGUGUGGAAGUGGCUGUGGUGUGCUGCGAGUCCAUGCAAGUGCUGACCUACGGUUCGGAUCUUCCCUUGUGCAGCGCCCGGAUAUAUCUCCUUUACACCGGACAGCACUAUGACCCCAUCGUCAGCGGCUCCAGUGCGGACGUUGCGGUGGAUCAGGAGCAGAAGAGGCAAAAGAAAGGUGACAAAGGCCUCGAAAGUGGUGCUUUGAAGAUUGCAAAGCAGCACGUGGAAGAAGCGGCCAAAAAAGCUAAGCAGCGCAGGGCGAAGAAGAUCAAAUGCGGCGGCUGUGGCGCCCUCUUGAGCGAUGCGGAAGCCUUCGCUUCCCACUGCGGAGAGGUGGAGCAUGACGACGACUUUGCCUACGACUGCGAAGAAGUGGAAGUUGUCAUUGAAGAGGGCGAUGAGCUGCCAGAUGGCACCAUUGACCUCAAUGCGGAUCACAUCUACAGUUUCAGCAACACGGGUAAGGACCCUUUGUGCCAUGCAUUUCCAGCCACCUUCACAGUUGGUGGUGUUAGUUUCCCCACCAUGGAGCACUACUGGCAGGCAUCCCAGUUCCUGGGCGUCAAUGAUGACUUGGUGCGCAAAAUCGCCGGCGCCUCCCUGGACGAUGCUUUGAUCCUGGCUGGGGGCAGCGCUGAUGCUCGCAGCGACUGGCGGGAUAAGAGACACGAACUCUUGCAGCAAGGCCUUGAGGCGAAGGCGGCUCAAAGUAGCACGUUCAAGGAUGCGUUGCUGGGCACCGGUGACAAGACCCUGGUCUACUUGGAUGCAGACCCUUGGGCUGGCAUGAUGGCGCCAGGUGGUCUGGCUACGGGUCAGAACUAUGUGGGGAAGGCGCUGAUGGACCUUCGUACCAAGCUUCGGCCCUCGUGAUGUUGGCCCACCCGUGGCAGCUGUGACCUUUCAAGCGGUGACACGGCAAAAG